UACUGUGUUAAGUGAUUCGGUUUUUUAAUAACCGUCGACAAUUUUAUAUGCAAAUACAUUCAGCCAUGAAUGCUAAUGAUGAUACUUACGGUCUCGUAACCGAAUUGAGCAAACAUAUAUUGCAAACGUAUCGACGACCCUUUUAUCGGAAUGCUCAAUUUACCGAUGACUACGAUGUUAAAACAAUUAAACGUCUUCGGAUCAAAGCUUUCGAAAUAUUACUAAAAAAAACUGACAAGAGAGUACUUAGUCAAGAUUAUACAGAAUGUGAAGCAAUAGAUCCAAUAAUAGAAAUACAAAAGCAUGCUUUUGUAAUGAAAUUAGGGUUAAGGCAUGCAUACAAUGCUACCAUGUUGGAGCAUCUUUUAGAGGAGCUUGCAGAAUUUUCAUGUUUGGAAUCAUCGGUUUGUUCCGCUCUACAAUUACUAGUUCAAUUAAAAGAUUUUAAUGUCACUCCUGAACCAAUUACAAAUAUAUUUUAUUAUGGCAAAUCUAACCCUGCUAUACCUGAAAUUACAUAUAAUGCCAAUAAUGCCCCAUCGUUUCAAAUAUAUCCAAUGGAAUGUUUUAUAUUAUCCAAUAAAUUUGAAGCAACAUUGGAAACGCAGAAGCAUCAAAUUAUGCAGGUUAUACCCACAACAGUCAUAAAUAAAUUGCACUUUUUACAUGGAGCAAUAAAAUCUAAAGGCAUCAUUGAAACUGAAUCCAUAGGUGUGUCUGUUGCGCCUAAUUUUAUGUCCAAUCAUGUAUUCGAUACAAUGUCAUCACAGACAUCGAUAUUCUCGAAUCAACAUUUUACAAAAAGUUUAAACUUGGAUCCAUACACUUCACAGAGAAUGGUGGCUUAUGGAGGCGAGGAUGAAAAUGAACAUACUACUUGUGAAAGGAGGCUUGUAACGAGUUAUUUAUACUCUUCUUUCGCACCUACGGAAACAAUCAUAAAAGAAAAUGACAGUCUAGUAGAUACAUGGAAAUCUUCUGAAUAUAGCGUUAUUGACGAAUUAAACUCUACUAUGAAUUCUUGGAAUUGUGCAUGGAACCAAAUUGAUAUUACCGAUACAUCUCCUUUAGAUCAUCGAACUUGGGAACAUUUCGGAGAGUUGCAACCUACAAAAGAACCAAUGUUCAUGACUGAUUUACCAACAGUUGCAAUACAUUUAGCAAAAAUCAAACAAAUGAAUAGUCUACCGUUGCUCUCAGGAAAGAUAAUGAACUCUGUACUCCUUCUGGAAGAAAUUUCCAGCAAAGAAUUCAUUAAUGACGUGAAGUCAAUGUUACUUGGAAUAGAGUCAUAUACCUUUAACUACACGCAUAUGGCGGGAUUUACUAUACGAAAAAAUGUCAGUGUUUAUGGCGUGUGUUCAAAAUCAUUAGAAAAAACUUGUCAGGAAGCUAUUAAGUGGGGUAAUUGCUUCAAAUUCUUAUCGUAUUUAGUUACACCCAAUUCACAAAGCGGCAAAUUAUUACAAGAGGGUCUCAUAUUCAAGGCCAUGUGUUCGAAUAUCAAAGAACUUCUACUUUAUUAUCAAGCAGCGCUUCUAAGAAUAUUCACUUGUGAGAAUAAAUCGAACAGACUAUUGAAGAUGUUUCACACAGUUCGUCCAGUGGCGAUUUUAAUUACUAAAGUUGCUAAGCUCUGCGAAUUUUACAAAGAGAAUCAGUGUAUGCAUAAAAAAGGAAACAGCAUUCUUACUAGAAUCUAUAACGAAGCGAUUAAAGUGACAGAUAAUAGGGUUGCUUUAGUAUUUUAUUCUUUAUUAAAGUCUUGCUGUGAUGUUUAUUUCCGGUUUUUGCAAAAAUGGAUGUUUGAAGGGAUAUGCGAUGAUAUUUAUGGUGAAUUUAUGAUUAAAACGAGGCCACAGUAUUUACGUAACAGAGGGCAUAAAUUUUGGACGAAAAGUUUCAGCGUGUGCAACGAAGUUGUGCCCGGUUUUCUAAUUGGCUUAACAGAAGCAAUACUUCAAUGUGGAAAAACAGUUAGACUUCUCAGAAUCUGUGAUUCUAAGAAUCCAGUGUGCCAUGUUUGUAUAACUGAACAACCCGAAGUAAAAGUUUGCUUGAGUGUAUCUACACUGUACGAACAAUCAUUGAGAUGCCGAGAAUAUGAAAAUAAAGGUAAAUCUGCACUUGGCCCAGUACUUUCUCUUUCCACAGCUAUUCUAGAGCAAAAGGAUUUGGAAAGGAAAACUGCAGAAUUUGUUGUGUGUGCUCAACGUAAUACAAUGUUGAGAAUUCGUGAAAAAUGGGAAGACGCACUGAAAAAAGUAGCGCAAGCUAAACGUGAUCAUUUGGUAAAUGUAAAAGAACAGCCUUCGAUUAACAAUAUGCAGCAAAAGAAAAAGGCAGAGAACGAAUCGUCUAAUAAGAUGUGUCAAAUUGAACGUAAUAAACAAGAAAAUGAGACGCAAGAGAAUUUACGAUACAUUGAACGAACAAAUGUUUUGAAUUACUAUGAGGAUCUAGCUAAUGAUAUUGAUAAACGUUGCAUGCGUUCACACUGGCGCGCUAAAAGAAUGGCUUUCUUUGAUAAGAGAGUGAAUGCGUUAACUGCGGCAAACCGAGAUUCACAGGCUCAGUUAAAAAUCACUGAUGAAAUCCGCUCUUUAAUAAAAUUCAGUUCUUUAGCAGAAACUCCAAUUUCGUUCGAAGACGAAAAUGAAAAUUACUCAAGAACAUCUCAUCAAACGUUUAUCGGAACUACCUCUAAUGCGAUGAUAAAAUCAUCUGUCGAAAUUGACCAAGAAGAUACGAGACAAAGUCAAUGUAUACUUGAAAAUCGUGCACAUAUAACAACAAGCAACAAUAACGAAGAGAAUGAUGUUCGUGAUUUUUUGAACAAUCAAAAACUAGAAGUAUUAAAUGAAAAAACAUUGUCAAAACUACCACAAAAUAAAAAUACAACGAAAACAAUUAUUGAUACAGAUACCAAUCAUCAGUUAUAUAUCGCAACACCUUCGGGAAACAUGGAGUCGGAUGAAGUUUUAGAAGAUUUAUCCAUCUAUAAAAUAGAUCGUACAUUGGCAAUUGAAAGGCCUAGUUUUUUGAAUAUUGCUAAUAACGAUAAUACGGCAAUAAAGUCGCAGGUUAGCAAGUACGUAUGGUCUUUAGAAGGUACCAUGACACCAAACAAUAAUCAACUCGAUGUACAACAAAUUAAGUUUACAUCUACUACAAAUGACACAACGAAAAUGACUGUCGAUCAUGCCAAAGAUACUACAGUUUUAAAUCAAAGAAACGAUUUAGUAACACCAAUGUCGUGUACCACGGAUAAUUUUGCUUCAUCGAUACAGAGUCCUAUGUCACAAACGCAGAACUCAGAAGACCGAUCUCCCAUUGAAAUCUCGAACACUGAUACGCAUAUGUUGAGCUCUCCUCGUACGUAUACAAAAUCACCUGCAGGCAUAAAAGAAGAUCCAACAUUUUCAGAUUUAUUUGUAUUAGCGCGAGAUGAAUCAACUACGGUGUCUGUAACAGCGCCUUUAACCGUUGCUGAUGUCGAGGUAAUUGAUCAUACCUCCCUUCAAGCCUAUCUGGAAAAGUCGAUUCGUAUUCCUCUUAACAUACAGAGCUGUCUUGUUAACAACGCUGUUAUCAAAUAUUUUCUUAAGGAAAACAAUUUGUUGUUACAUUUACACAGUUUACGCAGUUACUUCUUCUUGCUGAACGGAGAAUUUGCCAAGAGCUUGACAGAUUCACUUUAUACUCGCUUGUAUGAGAUUUCCAUACCCAUUGAACUGUUUAAUUCAGCUACGUUGACGAACCUCUUAGAACGGGCGCUUGUUAAUUCGUUCAACAGUGUUUACGUGAAUUCAGAGCUUCUUACUCUCUCGGCGAGGGACACACCAACUCAGUUACACAUAUCCGAUCCAACUGCAUUAGACUGUAUUUCUCUUAACUACAAAAUAAGUUGGCCGUUGAACAUUCUACUUGAUGAUACGGUCAUGCAGCAGUAUGGUAAAGUGUUUAAAUUUUUAAUAACGAGCGGUCGAGUUUCCUGGGUGUUGCAAGAAGACUUUAGCAUUAUGAAAAGAGAUCGAAAAGUAGUUACGUCGCAACAAUACCAUAAACUACAACUGUACAGACAUGCGAUGACGCAAUUUAUGAAUGCUUUGCACAAUUAUUUAACAUGUAGCGUUCUAUACGCGAGUUGGACCGAAUUUGAGAAAGACUUGGAAAAUUCUUUAACGGUAGAUCAAAUAUAUUUGUCACAUGUAAAUUAUAUAAAACGAAUACUUUCAAGGUGCAUGCUUAAUACCCGCGGUGAAAAAAUACGCAUAUGCUUAAACAAUGUAUUCAAAGUUAUUUUGAAAUUCCACAAUAGAUUACGAUCUCAAAGUUGGAUUAUGAGAUCUACAGGAUACAUACACCCGAAUUUUAAAAAGCUAGAACAAAUGUACCGAGCAUUUUGUGAGUUACGUGCGUAUAUGGCACACGUUGCUUAUAAAUUAGCCAUUAGCGGAUAUCAACCACAUUUAAUGCAUUUUUUAAACUCUCUUAAUAUAAAUCAAAUGUAUGAUUUAACCACUAAGAAUUAUCGAGGUUUUAUAGGUCAAUUGGAAUUGUAAUAAAUGAUAAUAUUUCUGUUUUUU